GCGAGCUUGGUCUUCGGGAGUACGUUAUGGUGAAACGGCAUAGAAAAGGUGGUGAGCGACUCACACAGGAGGAAAAACUUUCCCUCAUACUUUUUAGAUGGAUACACGGUGUUUUACGUAUGCUUGAACGGAUCUGAAACUCCGUGUCCCGCUUAAUUCGGAAUAGGAUUUUUAUCAACAUUUGACGACGCUUUGAGAAUUUUACCGUUCAUGGACUUACACAGUUUUCAAGUGAAUAAAUAUUGUUAUCGAUAACUUGGACAAACGCACUAACACAGAACCAAUUUGUUAGCAACAAAUCAUGUCUAUGCUCCCAACCUUCGGCUUUACGCAAGAGCAAGUUGCGUGCGUCUGCGAAGUCUUACAACAGGGUGGAAACAUUGAGCGUCUUGGACGUUUUUUGUGGUCUUUGCCGGCCUGCGAACAUCUCCACAAGAAUGAAAGCGUCCUUAAAGCAAAAGCCGUGGUUGCUUUUCACAGGGGAAAUUUUAGGGAGCUUUAUAAGAUUCUCGAGAGUCACCAAUUUUCACCGCACAACCACCCGAAGCUCCAGCAGUUAUGGCUCAAAGCACACUACAUUGAGGCGGAGAAGCUCCGGGGCCGCCCUCUUGGAGCUGUAGGGAAGUACCGCGUCCGCAGAAAGUUCCCGCUACCCCGGUCCAUCUGGGAUGGUGAGGAAACCAGUUACUGCUUCAAGGAAAAGAGUCGGAGCGUGUUAAGGGAAUGGUACACUCACAACCCGUACCCUUCACCACGGGAGAAGAGGGAACUAGCCGAGGCAACGGGGCUAACAACUACUCAAGUCAGUAACUGGUUCAAAAAUAGACGGCAGCGUGACCGUGCAGCGGAGGCUAAGGAGAGGGAAAACAACGAGAACUCGAACACAAACAGCCAUAACCCAUUGACAUCAUCCUUGAAUGGAAAUAAGACAAUUUUAGGGAGUUCGGACGACGACAAAACGCCAUCUGGAACACCGGAUCACACGUCGUCCAGUCCGGCUUUGCUUCUUACGUCAAACUCGGGGCUACAAUCCCUGCACAGCCUCGCGCCUCCGCCUGGUCCCAGCGCCAUACCGGUGCCUAGCGCGGAAUCGGUCCAUCACCACCACUCUUUACACGACACAAUACUGAACCCUAUGUCAUCAAACUUGGUCGAUCUUGGUUCUUAAAAUAACGCAAGGAACCCUCUGAAAAGGACACGUUUACGUGGACGACAUCUCCAGACAUAAGGAGCGAUAAAUGCAGAGUAAAAGAGAGAAGGUUUUGGACAGAGUAAGUUUUGGAUGUUAUUUUGGAUGGUCUACAGCAAAGCCAAUAAAAAGGUCCUUGAUAUGGUAUUUUUAUAGAACGUAAUGGUCUAUUGUUCGAAGACACGGAACUACAAUGUCUUAUUUCUUGUUAUAUUUUAGAUUGCAACAGAUCCGUAACCUCUCAGUCGUAUACCCCAUUUGUUUACAUUUUCUUUUCUUUUCUUAAAGGCCAUAUUAAGUUUCAUUUUGAUGGGGUGCCGCCUUGUGAAGUGUUUCUAUUACCAGCACAGCGAUUAUUAAACUUCUCUCCUUUUUCUUUUCUUUUCUUUUUUUUUUUGGAAAGCGACUGCAUGUAAACUUUGCGAUCAGUAAUAAAAUAUAAGUUCGAUCCCACCAUAGUUUCUUAUAACCUUUACAAUAAAAGCUAAAGUACAUUUACUGAGCAAA